CUGCCUUUUACCACCAUGGGCACCACUCCCUCGAAGCCAGCGAACUCGACCGUUGAGCCCGAAACUUCCGAGAAACUAGCGCAGAGCUUCGCUGGCCUCGAGGUUACUGCCAGCACGAGCCCAGUCUCGGCCAACGGCUCUCUUUCUUCACAGAACAUCGAGUCAUGGGAGCGGGCGGUGUCCAGCUCCAAGACCAAGCUGUCUCGAAGCAUUCUCGUUCAUUCCGACAUUUCAAGCGCGCUGCUCUCCCGCCCUGCACUAAUUUCCAACUCACACCUCUUCAACGUCGAGCUCGACACCAAGACGAGCCCCAUCACCAACCAGAAGAGCUCUGGACGGUGUUGGCUUUUUGCGUCCACCAAUGUUAUGCGGUACGAGAUUACCCGGAAGCUCAAGCUGGACGACUUCCAGUUGUCCCAAUCAUAUCUGUUCUUCUAUGACAAGCUGAACAAGGCGAACUACUACCUCGAGAAUAUGAUUGAGCUGGCCGACCAGCCUAUUGACGACCGGGUUGUGAGCUUCCUGUCGAGCGACCUCAUCAGUGACGGGGGCCAGUGGGACAUGGUUGUGAACCUCGUGGAGAAUUACGGUCUUGUUCCACAAACCGUUUUUCCUGAAAGCACCCACUCGAGCCUGUCGAGCCCUAUCAACAGCUUGUUGAAAACCAAGCUUCGUGAACAUGCGCUCAUUCUCCGCCGCGCAUAUGCUUCUAUGCAGACCCAGGGUUUGUCCAAAGGGACUGUUAUCGCUGCUUUGCGCGUGAAGAAAGAAGAACUUAUGAAGGACGUCUAUAACAUUAUGACCGCCACCCUUGGUGUUCCUCCCGGGCCAAAUGACAAAUUUGUUUGGGAAUACCAGAGUCAAGGCAAAGUCGGGCGUUGGGAGGGCACUCCAUUGCAAUUCUACAAGACCUUUGUUUCGCCCCAGGCCGACUCCUUCUCCCUGAUUAAUGAUCCACGCAAUGCCUACUCGACUCUGUUCACGGUGGACCGACUCGGCAAUGUAUUUGGCGGUCGCCCGGUUUUGUAUGUUAACACUGAGGUGGAGAACAUGAAAUCCGUCGUGGUCAAGAUGGUCAAAGCUGGAGUGCCCGUGUUCUUCGGUUGUGAUGUUGGCGAGCAAAUUCUCCUCUCGUGUCGACGGUGUCAUGGACCCUACUGUUUACAACUACGAGGUUGUAGCACAUUCGAUAUCACACUUGGGUUGACAAAAGCCGAGCGCCUUCAAAUCAACGAGUCGGCCAUGACCCAUGCAAUGGUUAUUUCCGGAGUUCAUCUUGACUCGAACGGCAGCCCUGUCCGGUUCAAGGUCGAGAACUCUUGGGGUCCCGAUGUUGGCGACAAAGGAUACUUUGUCAUGAGUUCGGCUUGGUUUGACGAGUUUGUGUAUCAGGUGGUUGUGCCGCGUGGGUACGCGCCGAAGGACCUCUUGCGGGUAUACGACAACGGUAACCCUGUUGUGCUGCCUCCAUACGAUCCGAUGGGAGCUUUGGCGUAA